AUGUGUCCGUUCCUGCCUUCAUCUCCUCCUCUCCCAUAUUCUUCUGCCAUACUCUGCCGUUUCUCAACUUGGCAAACUCGUGACGAGACUUUGCGCGUAAAAUCUGAAGCCGCACGUCAGGAUUCGACUUUUUAUUUUUUAUUUUAACGGCUGACACUUGUCUCUACUGGUGCGCAAGCGACACUGGCAAAGCUACGGACUUCCGUUCUCUAUUCUCAUGAACCUCCUUCUGAUCUUCAUCAGUGUGUAAUCUGAUAAGUGCCAAACCCUAAGUGACGUUCACUUUGCUGACCGAAAACGUUUCCGGUAGAUUUGAUUUGCCGUUGGGAUACAGUUGCCACUUGUGAAACGGGUUUAUUGCCCCGAGAAACUAAAUUUUUUUCCCUUCAGUUUUUAAGUGCUUAUUCUGAGGAACGCGUUUGCACGUGGUUUUAUAAUGAGAAUUUGACCUUGGAUAAAGAAGAUAUGGAGUUCACCUGUAAACAGACUUUGUUACUUCUGUUUUCGCUGUCCAUAAUCGACAUCUCACUCUGUGUCCGCAAGACAACGUACGGAGAUCGGAUCGCCUCAGUCCUCCUCUGGACAUACAGCUGGAGACGGUAAACUGCACGGCCUUCAGCGUGCGAUGGAAGAUGCCCCGUCGCCACGUCAGCACCAUCACCGGCUACAAGGUGUUUUAUACAGAGGUGAGGAGUAACCGUCUGGUGGACACAGCGGCCAUCUUGGAAGUUCCCCUCAGUCUGGAGAUGCUGACCACAGGUCAGUUUGAUGGCCAGGCCAGCUUUGACGUGGUGAUCGGGAACCUGAAGGUGUCCAAUCGGUACCGGGUGAGCGUUGGGGCAUACGGGAGGGGAGACCCAGCAUGCCCCGAGACGUCAGCACCGCAACUCACGAGACGUGCAUGCCCCCGUCGCCCCCCGCCCCAGCCCUCCGUGGCCCCCGUGUCCGACACGGAGCUGGCGCUGUCCUGGGCCGAGGGCGAGAGCGAGGGAAGCGCUCCCGUCCUCCACUUCCUGGUUGCGUACAUCAGACCAGAGAUGGACACAGAGUGGACCUACAUCCGGGAGCCCAUCGAGGCUCGCUCCAUGGUGAUGCGGGGUCUGAUGCCUGACACAGAGUACCAGUUUGUGGUCCGGGCGGUCAACACGCACGGCCUCAGUCCUCCCAGCCAGAUCAACAACCCCGUGCGCACCCUGGCUACAGGGGUGGAGGAGGUGGGCAGCACGGGGGGUCACGGCCUGCGCUAUGUCCCAGAGACGCUGAAGGAGGAAGGGUUUGAUGUGGACGACUCGGACUACGACGUCUUCAUAGAGGAGUUGAAGUUGUUCCCAGGUGUUGGAGGAGGGGACAGCCAGCGCUCCCAGCUUCGAUCCCGCUCCGGCAUGCCGUCCUCUCACCCCGGCCGGAACGUGGUCUACCGGCUGGGCCGCCCCCCCCCCAACACCACCCGGACCCCCCCCACGCCCUCCCCCACCUUCCUCUCCUCCUCCUCCUCCUUCCCAGACUCCCCCGCCACCCCAGAGCUUAUCACUCUCUCUGUCUCCCCCUCCACCUCCCCCUCCCUCUCCCCCAGCACCCCGGACCCAAGCACCCCCGCCACACUCCCCCCGCCCACCCCCGCCCCCUCCAUGACCCCCUGGAGGGGGCCAGUGCCCCGGGUGUACGAGCUGGGCUGUGACGACACUGUGUGCCCCCCUGACAGCUUCUGUCUCAGCGACUACGACAGUGGAGGCUCCCAGUGCCACUGCAUCCUGGGGCGAAGGGGGGACGUCUGCUCUGAGGGUGAGGGGGGGAUGUCUGCUCUGAGGGUGAGGGGGGGAUGUCUGCUCUGA